GAAGUGUUUGACAUGAAGUAUGAGGGACAGACAACUGUGAUCCAGCAGCUGGAACAGACCAUUGAGGAUCUGAGGACCAGAAUAGCUGAACUAGAGAAGCAAGACCCUGCCGUGACUAUGGAGCCAGCUCGUGGCAGACAUAGGGUUGAGAGUGGAGUGACACCCUCAGAAGAUGUCUGUCUUGACACUUUCAGGGUAGGAGAAAAGGAUGUGCAGUGUCAAAGAACUUUACAGGCAAAAUCCAUUCAGACUUCCCCGACUGAAGACGGUGGGAUUCCGACACUACCUUCUGUGAACGGGCUCUCAGAAGGUCCUCUGUGCCCACCCGGGACUGAGAGUGGAGAGGCAGCUGUUCCAUCCUCACCUUCUGGGCUUCAGACAAAAUUCUGUUCAGAAAUUUCUUUGAUUGUGUCUCCAAGGCGAAUAUCAGUACAGCUCGACACCCAUCAGUCCAUACAGAGUAUAUCACAGCCUCCACCGUCUCCAUGCCUUCUGUGGUCAGGUGGUCAAGGACAGACUGGGUGUGGUCAAGGACAGACUGGGUCACAGCUGUCCCAUCCUUCUCUUCACACUGAGUUUGAAACCAGCCAUGAGCACUCUGUUUUCUCCUCCUCUGAAAACAGCUGUAAUAUCCCACCCCCACCACCUUUGCCUUGUACAGAGUCUUCCAGCUCUAUGCCUGUCCUGGACAGGGUGAUCCCCCUACCUCCCCCUGCCCCUGUCAUGACAGUGCCUGCUCUGCCCAGUACUUCAAUUCCCCCACCUCUUCAGGGUACAGAAAUGCUGCCACCUUUUCCCUUUGCCCUAGCCAGAGUGGAAAUACCUCCUCCCCCCACUCUUCCUGGAGUGGGAAUCCCCCCUCCCCCUCCUCUGCCUGGUGCCAGGAUUCCCCCACCUCCUCCUUUGCCAGGUAUGGGGAUUCCACCUGCUCCAGCUCCUCCUCCCCAUCCACCUGGAACAGGAAUCCUCCCACCCCCGCCACCUCUGCUUCCUGGAUCAGGCCUUCCACUUCCCUCUCAAGUUGGGAGUAGCACUUUACCAGCACGACAAGUGUGUGGAUUCCUUCCUCCUCCAUUGCCAGCUGGCUUGUUCGGGUUAGGGAUGAAUCAGGACAAAGGGUGUAGGAAGCAGCCGAUAGAGCCUUGUCGGCCAAUGAAGCCUCUUUGUUGGACAAGAAUUCAACUCCACAGUAAAAGAGACUCCAGUUCUUCACUUAUUUGGGAAAAAAUUGAAGAGCCAUCCAUAGAUUGUCAUGAAUUUGAGGAAUUAUUUUCUAAAACUGCUGUAAAGGAGAGAAAGAAACCUAUUUCUGACACCAUCUCAAAGACGAAGGCUAAACAAAAGGAUUGGGCAUUCUGGCAUAUAAAGAAAAUGAAAAAGACAGCUGGCACUGAAAGAAAGCAAGCCGAGAUACUGGGUACCGAUCAAGCUUUAUUAAAGGAAAAGAAUCUGCUUGGCUGCACCCGAAGUGGACAGCAGCCAAGGGCUGCCCUCAAAAUGGAGGACAGCACGAGGUGUGGAGGGUAA